AUGGGGGCGCUCCGGGAGCCUCUCGUAGGAAGGCGGGACGCUUCCUCGGAUCCUCCCGAGCACGUGUCCUCAGCAGAGCAGGCAAGCGCUGCGCGCCUGGGGCUGCGAUUCCCUGGUGACAGAGGCUUAGAGCGCUCCCUCCCCAGCCGCCAGCCCCGCCGUCGCCGCCUCUCCCGGGGAGCUCCAGGCUCCGGGGUGCGCUCGGGGCAGGCCCGAGGAACCGGAGAAAAGGAAAAGUGCCGGGGAGGAGAUUAG